AUGGUCGGGUGCGCGUGGGCGCUGGUGGCCCUGGUCUGUCUUAUCCCCGCUCGCACCUCCAGCCAGGAAGCGGAGCGACCGAACCGCAGGUUCGAGUACAAGUACAGCUUCAAAGGACCGCACCUGGUGCUGCAGGAUGGUACCGUUCCUUUCUGGAUAUACUAUGGCAAUGCCCUUCCUAGUUCUGAACGAGUCCGAGUUGUUCCUUCAUUGCGAAGCCAAAGUGGAUCUAUUUGGAGCAAGAAUGACAUCGCAUUUGAAAACUGGGAGGUAGAAGUUUCAUUUCGGAUAAGUGGCAGAAACAGAAUUGGCGCAGAUGGACUGGCGAUAUGGUUCACCAGAGAGAGGGGGCCGACAGGACCUGUUUAUGGAGCAGCUGAUCACUGGGAUGGAGCUGGCAUCUUCUUUGACUCGUAUGAUAAUGAUGGCAAGAUGAACAAUCCAGCCAUCCUUGUGGUGGGAAAUGAUGGGCAACACACAUAUGAUCACCUCAACGAUGGAGCAAGCCAAGCUUUGGGCUCGUGCAUUCGAGAUUUCCGUAACACCUACCACCCUAUCAGAACCAGGAUAAGGUAUUUCCAGAAGACAUUACAGGUAUACGUAAAUGUGGGGAUGAACAAUUUCAAUGAGAACUAUGAGUUUUGUACUGAAGUCCAAAACAUGAACCUUCCUUCGAGCGGAUACUUUGGAGUUUCAGCAGCAACUGGGGGAGUUGCAGAUGACCAUGAUGUUCUGUCCUUUCUUGCGUUCAGCUUGACCAAGCCUGAGACAAAGGACCCUUCAAAUCAGAUAUCUAAUAAAGAACAGGAGGAGUAUCACAAAGAGUACGAGCGCUUUGAGAAGGACUUGGAGAAACGUAAAGAUGAAUUUCAGAAAGAACACCCAGAGCUGCACGUGCCAGACGAGGAUGCUUUCGAGACAGAGAGUCAGCGGGAGUUACAAAUGGUUGCUGGUGGGCAGUCGCUAAUUCACCAACAGCUGAAGAAGCUUCGAGAAAGGUUGGACGUUGCGUUUGAAGAACAGAUGCAGUAUUCAGAGAACUUGAGCAAGUUGGGCAAGGAGCUGCGCACAACCACCGCGAUGGGUACCUCAGAACAGGAUGCCGAUGGUUCCCACCAGAGCCUGAUGCUGGUGCUUAACGGUCAGAAGGCGAUGAUUCAACAAGUGCAAGAGAUAAGGACAAGCAUGGCAGACAUCCUCGCCAAGGUGAAACAAGGGCAGCAAUCUUUAAAUACCGUCACUGCAGAUAAAGACUCUAUCAGUGAGAUCAAUGAGCACAUUCACAUUGUCAAGAAAGACGUUGACAGCUUGACCAACAUCAAGGUUCAACAUGUCACCUGUCCAAAGGUCCCACCUGUUCCAUCCUGUACCUCAGUUUGGCAUUUCUUGGCCUUCAUUGCCCUCCAGUCGAUAUUCUUCCUGUCUUACCUAAUGCACAGGAGUAAAAGAGAAACAAGUUACAAGAAAUAUUUCUGAGGAACUGCUGCAGAAUCAUGAAAAUUGCGGGUAUAUAUGUUUUUGGGUACAUUUACGAACAAGUUUCCAAAGUAGUUGUGUUUUUUAAUACUGCCUUAUAUUCCUCCUUUACUUGACAUUCUAAGUGCAACACAACAAAUGGACAGAACCUGCAGCCACCAUCACGGUGUAAAGUGAUUUACUUUCAAAGUGGGGAUUAUUUUUUUAAAAAAAGUAAUACAUGUAAUUCAAAGACUGGCACUUUUAUAUUGAAUUACACAGGAGUAUAUUUUACUGACUGUAAUAAGUUUCAUGUCAA